AGGGCACUUUGGCACGACGCUGAACUUAAAGCUUCGUUUUGAAUUUUAAAACUUUUUAUUCGUUGUAAACGCAACAACAGGGAAGGGGAUUUCAUGGUUCACACCGAUUCUCGAUAGAUCUUCAUAUAUUCCGUUCAAUCCUGUUGUUGCUGCUUGUCGUGCACCGGAGGGCUGACCUUUCUCAGAGUGCCUUCACCUCCACCUGCACAGAGCGUAGCAGAUGGGCACCUGGCUCUGAGGGCGUCAUGGAGACGGAGGGCGCCGCCGUUCGCUCCAUCUACUACGGCCGGAUCGGGAGCAAAGUCACCGAGAAGCUGCUGGAGAUGUUCGGACGCGACGGCAGCUUUCUGCUGAGAGACAGCGAGACGGUGCCCGGGGCCUACUGUCUGUGCGUGAGGAAGGCGCCCUUUGUACACACCUACAGGCUGGAGCGCGACGGCGGCGGCUGGUACCUCCAGAAUUUAAGAGGAAGACUGCUGAGAUUUGGGACUGUUGAGUCGCUGAUCGAUCACUACGGAAGCCACCCGACCUGCCAUCAGGACGUUGCUCCCCUCAGCAUUCCUCUGGACAGAGCGAUGGUACCGAGCAACUGGAUUCAAGGACUUGUCUACAUGGAGAUGAACGGCGGCAGCAGCCAGUCUGGCCAGUGAGACCCCGUCGCCACGCCGACCACUCUCGGAUCAUCUUCUUCCAUCUGUUGAUUCAGCCGAAACCUUUCCGUAUUUAUUUUUGUAUUAGCAUUUGUAUUUUCUGACAUACCUUUUGAAAUAAAUGUGAAUCUUUUGGUGUUUAAAGUUCUGGGAAGAGCUCUGGAGAGUGGUUUUUUUUGUUUUGUUUUGGGGUUUUUUGCUCGUGUGUGUGUGUGCGUGUGUGUGUGUGUGUGUGUGUGUGUGUGUGUGUGUGUGUGUGUGUGUGUGUGUGGUGAAAGUGUUUCUGCCUUGAAUUACGGGGUGUAAUCCUCUGUCUGAUCUCCUGUGGUUUCCUCUCUGCAGACCUGCGUUCUUUAUCUGAGCUCCAUCGCUGCUUGUCUGCGAUAGACGGCUCCGGCUCACAGCCCCGACGCUUUUCUUCAGAUUUCACAGCACAGGGAUUUUCUGUGCGCUUCAGCUAAUAGCUCUGUUUUGAACCUCUUAAUGUCUGCGGCUCAGUCUCCUCCUUCUUAUCUGAGGGCAUCAGAACGGUUGCAGCAGUGAAGGAAAUGGCAACGUGCACGGCGGGAGCGCUGCGGGACAGGUUAUUUCACCGCAAGAGUUUUAAUUGUUCGUUUUUGCACCACAAGCCUCCACUCUGUAUCAGGUAAAACAAGAAAAAAAACAAAAGACUUUGAAGCUUUUGCAUUGGACCGCUCGUUUGCAGGGCAUGUGUGGUUUUAUUUAUUUCCUUUUCGUUCUAUAAACAAGUCAAUUAUCGACGUGUUGAAUUUGUCACCUAAACUUUUAGCUUUUUCUGCAUGCAACUGGUACUUAAUUCAGUAAAGAAUUUCACCGGA